GAAGGUGAGAAGAAGAAGAGCAGAAAGACGAGUGAACAAACUCACAACACACAACCUGGGAGCUUUUAUACUAUUCACUGCAGCAGUAAAGUCCAUGAGAAACAUUCCAGACAUGAAUCAUAUAUGGGUUUUUGUUAUCCUGUUCAUCUCAGUGGUAUGUGGUAUAGGAGCAUAUAUUCCUCAUCGCUAUAAUUUUGUGAAUGAGAAUAAAACCUGGAGUGAAGCUCAGACUUACUGCAGAGUGAAAUACACUGAUCUGGCAACCAUUAACAACAUGGGAGAGAUGAAGAAGCUGAAUCACACACUGAUGAAGGAAAAUGCAAAGAAAGCUUGGAUUGGUCUACAGAGAGAGGGACCUGGGAAAUGGCAGUGGUCUCUGGCAACUUUCUACAGAGACGGAGACACUUACAGAAACUGGGAUAGUGGAGAACCUAAUGGUGGUGUGGCCUAUCAGUUCUGUGCUGAGAUGUAUAAAAAUGAUGGAAAGUGGAAUGAUAACAACUGUAUAACAAAAAAUUCUUUUGUAUGUUAUAACGAAAAGAACACAAAGACUGAAUAUGUAGUGAUUAAUGAGACAAAGAGCUGGUAUGAUGCUCAGAUCUACUGCAGAGAGAAAUACAAUGACCUGGUCACUGUGAGGAACCAAACUGAGAAUGAGGAGAUCUGGAGAGUGAUUAGUAGUUCAGUGCAUCAGAAAGUUUGGAUUGGUCUGUUUUAUAACUCCUGGAAGUGGUCAGAUCAGACUAACUCCUCAUUCAGAUACUGGAGCUCUGACAAACCCAGUGGAGGUUUGAACUGUGCUGCAGUGUCUGAGUCUGAGAAACGUUACUGGAGUGAUGUGGACUGCACAGAAAAACUCCCGUUCAUCUGCCAUGAGAAUAAGCUGAUCCUGAUUAAUGAGACUCUGACCUGGAAAGAAGCUCUGAGAUACUGCAGGAACCAUCAUCAUGACCUGGUCUCAGUGCGCACUGAGGAGAUGCAGCUCUGGGUGAAGGAAGUGGCUCAAAACGCCUCCACUGAACACGUGUGGCUUGGCCUGCGUCACACCUGUGCUCUGGGCUUCUGGUACUGGGUGAAUGGAGAGAUGAUCUGCUACCAGGACUGGGCUCCGGGCAACGGGACAGGGUUUGAAGACUGCAGCCAUGAGGAGAGAACCGGAGCAGUGCAGUCUGGAGGAGAGCAGAAGUGGAUCAGCCUGCCUCAGAGCGAAAAACUCAACUUCAUCUGCUCUGCCUAUGAAGAUUUGUUUUAUUAAACAUGAAGACUGAAGACCAGCUGUGGUCCAACAUCUGUAUCCACCAUCAGCUAAUCUACAGUACUGUCUCAUUUAUUCUCUUCUACACAUUAUUAUUAUUAUUAUUAUUAUUAUUAUUAUUAUUAUUAUUAUUAUUAUUAUUAUAUCCUCUUAAUGCAGAUGUUUCAGCAUAUUUUUAAUGCUGUAUUCAGUAAACUCCACUGUUUCCAUACAGCAUGAUCUGUAGUACCUUAUUAUAUUGUACUUGAUUUUCUUAUUAAUAGAGGGUUUAUGGGUAAUUAAGGUGGAAUCUAUUUACCUGAUGUUUAUAUUAAGUGUUUUGAAAGAUUCUUUCUCAGAAUAGGAAACUAUCCCAUACUCAUAUUUACACACAUGCAGGAAAUUCAGAACAGCAAGCCCUGCAAACAGUGAUGAUAAAUGUUAAAAUUUCUCUGAAAAUUGUACUCAUUUUUAUACAUCUAAUUCUAAUCAACUUUAAUCAUUAAAUCAAAAGAUCAUUUUUAAUUCUCAUUUAAUUCUUAAAUUUAUUUAAGCUAAAUCAAAUCUAAGACUAUUUUAAUCCAGAGUUAAUUUUAAUUUUAAUCUUUACUUAUUUUGAUUUACAUAUAUUAAUCUCACUUAUCUUAAUCUGUGCUUAAGCAAUAUAAUUAUUAUUUAUCAGCUAUGGCAGAAGUUGGCAGCACUUGACCACGUCGGGCCUGGCGCUGUGUAUUAAGUGCCAAUUUGGUGUUAUUUUUGUUAAGAAUCAUCUUGAUAAAAAAAUAAAGCCGGUUACUUCUUCUCAUCCAAGCCUGAGGAAAUUUCUUUAUUUUAUUUUUAUAGUUCAGUGAAGUUUUUGUAAGUAUUUCGUAAUAACUGGUAAUUGGAGAAGACUUCAGAACCACCCUGUAGUGUGUCCACUCAGAGGGGGAUUCUGAGUUCUAAAAAUAUUCUUUUUUAUUGUUUUUAAAUGUAAUUUUGUGUAGUUCUCAAUUGUUUGUUUUUUUCACAUGUGCAUACACUGUAAAAAAUGAUUUUGAGUUUUAGUCCGGUGGACAAGUAAAAUCAUGUCCUGUCAACUUGCAGCGUCUCACUACACAAUAGGAUGAGUUAUAACAACCUGAACUUGAUGGGAAAUGGAAAACUUUGAAUAACAUGUUCAUAUAACAACAAAAUAUAGGUUCUAUCAAUUUUCUGUGUAAUGCGCAUGUGCCAGAAAUAUCAUGAUGACGUUCAAUUUUAACGAAUUUGAGAAAGACGCGCCAUUCGCCACUUUCUGCACGUGAAGUUGCUGAUCCUGUAAGCAAAGUUUAAGAAGCCCGCGAUUUACAGAUGGACUUUAUGGACUGCAAAGAAUGAAAUAAGUAAGUAUACCCUGAUUUGUGCUUUCUUUAAUGUUAAUUUGGGCUUGUUUCAUUAUUGCUCACCGGUUUUUUGAAUCGGUUCAUUGAAACGUCAGAAAGAACCGGCUAUCACUUAAAGUUUGCUCGCUAGACACCGAGCUGCUGUCGAGCCAUGAGCAGAAAGAAAAGUCAUCUUUGACUAUUGUAAGUUAAUGUUGAUAAACAGAUAAAACAGAGUACAGUACAUAUAAGUGACUUUUCAGUGUUCUUAACCAUUAGUUUUUAUCAUUGAAACACCAGUAAUAUCUGAAGCACCGCCGCCAGUCCAUAUUUGUGUUUAAUAUGAGAAAUAUGCAUUUUUAUUUAUACAUGGUUGCAACAACAUUUAGGUCUAAUUCGUUGUUAUAUUAAAAAAAAAUGCUUUAUUGACGCUCAGUCGUUAUUCUUUCAAAUUACAUACCAUAUGAAUGUUUUUGUUCACGUGCAAACGGCGUGUCUUCUGUAUAGCUAACCUGCACGCUGAUUUUGGAUUAAUUUAAUGUCAUAAGUAAACUAUUAUGUCAUUUGUGUUAACUGUGAAGCCCUGAAAAUUCAGAAUUACGUUAUUUGUAGAAAACAUUUUCACCUAAUAAAAGCAAUAUUUACAGCGGUGCUCAAUUUUAUAUUGCCAGCAACAGCAUCACCAUAGUAUUCAAUGUAUCACCCAGCCAUAGAAAUAAAGUGUUUAUACUUUUUUCAUCAUUGUAUUUGGGAAGUAAGAUGUUCAGUGAAUAUUUCUUUAUGUAACGUGUAUGUGUACUUGGCAGGAGUUUGACUACUUUUUUUUUUUUUAUUUGCAGGAUCAGUACAGUGCAAGAAGAGUGGAAGCACAACUCCAUAUCCAUGAGGUGGUGUUGCAAGAUUUGUAGAUUUUCCUCGUCCAACCAGCGUGCCCUAAUCACGCACUACAAGCUGAAACACUGCCAUCAGGCAAGUCACUGUCCACUCCCAUGCAUCUAUAAACAUUGUGUAUGCACAUUUAGGAGUGAACUGUCUCUGAAGAAGCAUUUAACUAGCGACCAUAGUCAGUGUGUUCAAGCCUCCUCAAAAUUGCAUAAAGCAACAUCACAUGUGAACUGUGACCUGUAUAAUUUUUCAGAGGCUUGCAGUGUUUCACAGUAUUUUGCACAUCUUAAAAGACACAUUAAAAAGAAAGAGCCAGUGAGGUGCAAGACUGUACAAGACUUUCAAGACUGUAGUUUCCAGACCAGUGUGUACAGCACUUUCCGUGCUCAUAAAAGUAGGAAUCAUCACCACAGCACUUUUAAAGAUUUUCAAACAGACUUGUUUCAAACUAGCAUUCCUGGUGAUUCAAACCCUGAAAGUGCAGAGGCUGAAACCCAUUCAUUCAGCCUCGAUUGCUCAACAGUAGAUGUUCAAGAUGUUCAAGACCUAGAUGACAUAGAUGUUCAAGACCUACAGGAUUUGAUUAAACACAAAGUAGCAUCACUGUUACUUCGCAUGCAAACAACUCUACAUGUCUCAAAGGCCACCACACAGGAAAUUGUAAAUGAGCUUUGCAGUGUUUGUUCAAUUGUUCACUCCAAGAAUAAUUGAAAGUGUAUUGGUUAAGCACAAUUGUCUGUUAACCAAUGAAGUGGCUGCUGCCUUAGCUGAGAUAGUCGACAAAACAAUUCCCCUAACUUCCCUUUCAAAAAGUGGUCCUUUCGCAACCGAAUACAAAAGAACCACUUAUUACAAGCACAACUUUGAAGUAAUUGAGCCCAUUGAAUAUUUUUUAGAAACCUCCUCCCAAAAAAAGUUUGUUUAUAUUCCAAUUUUGAAAGUUUUGAAAGAGUUGUUGAACCGUGAUGACAUUUUGGAUAAAAUCCUGCAGGAAACUGCUGACCAGUCCAGUCAGAUUAAAACAUACAGAGAUGGACUGUACUGCAAAAGGAAUCCUUUGCUCUCCUCAGAGAGUUUAAGCAUUGGACUUGGGAUGUAUAUAGAUGACUAUGAGACAACAAACCAAAGGAUGAGGACAGCAGCAUUGCUGGGCCUGCCAUGGUACAUGCGAGAGAAUCCUUCAAAAUUCAUGAAGAUAUGCGAGCCCAGUGACUGUGAAGAGAAUGUGAUCAAGGUUGUGGUGAUUGGAAUCCUUGUGGUUGUGGAACAUGUGAUGGAACCUCUUCCAGCAUUCUACAAUGAUGUUGCCUUGGUGAUUGAAGAAGAAGUGGUAAUGCGUCACAUGAGUGAUAUACCUAAUGCCUUUCUGAACCUGAUGGGCCUGGUGUAUGCAUUAAACCUUGACUACCCAAAGGAACUAAAAUUUACUUUUGAAGUGAUACAGCGCCUGUUUAUUGGAGUUGGAUCAGACUCUUGCACCGCAAGAGUUCACUCUUUGAAGACCAAGUUGCUGCGAUAAGACUUAAGAUAAGUUGCUGUGAUAAAUCUUUUUUCCUUCUUGCUACUGUUUAAUCAUUGUACUGGUUUAAAGUCUAAGAGCAUUGUUGUUUUAGAUCUCAUUGUUUUAAGUGGAACAUUGGAUUUUUGAAUUUCUUGUUACGUUGUACUGCUUCUUCUUUCCUUGUCAUGUUUCUACGAUUAGGAAUUGGAACUGAUUAGGAACUGUUUUUGAACAGUUUAAUGUAAAGUUUUUUAACACAGCUUAUUGUGAAUUGUUCAUUAGGGCCCGAGCACCAAAGGUGUCUGUGUUUUUGAAUGCAAUGCAUCUGUUUAAAAAAUAAAUGCCGAGUUUCAAUUUUGCAGUUGUGUUGAUUUCAUAAAAAAUCUGGUUCCAGAUAGAUAUCCACAACUUCUUGUAAAAGCAGUGAGGUCCAGUAAACUGAAAUGGUUAUAUUGAGGAAAAAUUACUAUUUUAUGUCAAUUAGACUGCAAUGAAGUCCAGUAAACUCAAAUAGUUAAGUUAUGAUUUUGAGGAAAAAUUACUAUUUUAUGUCAAUUAGACUUAGUUUAUGGUUGUGAAAACACUUGUUAUUAUUGUUCCACAUAUUCAUUCUCAUGAACUGAAAUAAUAUACACUACUACUACUGAUACAGGAGCUCAAGAAGUUUAUGGUUGUGAAGCUCAUUAAUUGAUACAGUACGUUAGCUCAAUUUACUGGAAGUUAUUUCAACAACUACAUAUAAGUUUAGUGAACAUAACACCUAACGUUUGCUAAACUUAACUGAGUCAAUGCAACAAGAUGACUUGACUAAGUCAAGUUGUGUCAACAAAUCAUUUUUUACAGUGUAAUUACAUGUUGAUGGUUUCUAUACCUGGGAUUUCUGGGCACUUGCUUCUUUAAUGUAUAAGAAU